AAGCCAAAAAAUGUUUACUCUUCUAUUAAUAUUCUCUUACUUAUGUACUUGCAACGCAGCUCCUCCUUUUGGGCAGUUAUCUGUGAAAGGCAAUAAAUUGUUGGGCAGUAAUGGCCAACCAGCUCAACUUGCUGGAAUGUCACUCUUCUGGUCUAACUGUGAUGAAGGCAAAAUCUUUUACAAUGAAGAAACUUUGCGUCAACUCAAAUGCGCGUGGAAUGCUAAUGCUGUCAGAGCGGCAAUGGGUGUAGAGUCUACUGGGUGUGGAAAGCCGGGUUAUCUGGAUCUUCCAAAUGUUGAGCGUGAUAAGGUUGAGGCUGUCGUUCAGGCUGCUAUUAAAUUGGAUAUGUAUGCUGUUGUUGACUAUCACACGGAGCAGGCACAAAACUCGCUGGCUAGAGCGAAAGAAUUCUUCACUUAUUUUGCUUCUAAAUAUGGAAAAUACCCCAACAUCAUCUAUGAGCCAUUCAAUGAACCUACGACUGACUGGAAAACUGCUAAAGCUUAUCACCAGCAGAUUGUGGCAACAAUUCGACAAUAUGAUAAAAAUAAUAUGAUAACUCUUGGCACAUCUACAUGGUCACAGGAUGUUGAUAUUGCUUCUAGAGACCCUGUAAAUGGGGCAAAUCUUUGCUACACUUUGCACAUCUAUGCAGCUACUCAUAAGCAGAAUAUAAGGGAUAAAGCCCAAACUGCUUUGAAUAAUAAUGUUUGCAUUUUUGUAUCUGAAUAUGGAACUGUUGAUGCAAGUGGCGGUGGAGGUAUGGAUACUGCAUCUAUGACUGAGUGGUGGAGUUUCUGGGAUAAAAACAAAAUUUCAUAUCUAAACUGGGCAGUUAGUAACAAGGGAGAAGGAUCUGCAGCUCUUAAUCCAAAUACAAUUGCAUCGGAUGUAGGGAAUCCUUCACAUUGGUCACCAUCUGGAAAAUUUGUUCAGGCGCAUCUUAAAAACAUGAAUAACGGUGUCAGUUGCAGUGGAAGCAAUUCAAACAAUGCUGCUCCUUCACCUUCAAACAACAAUAGCAAUAAAAAUAACGGGGCACCAAGCAAAAACAACGGGGGAACUACCCCCAAGAAAACUGGGACCAAAACGGACACAAACAAAAAUAACUCCAAAGGAGGAGGGAAAAUCUCCAUUAGUUUAAAUGCCGACCAAACCUGGCCAAAUGGUGCAAACUACAAAAUUAUAGUGAAAAAUACUGGAAAUGCUCCAGUCUGCUCUGUAACGUUUCAAGUAGCCCCGGUUGCUAAACAAUCAAUCAACGUUUGGAACGCUAACAACCUUUCUGGAGGAAAAUAUUCAAUUUCUAAUGUAAAAAUAAAUGCUGGAGGAACUUAUAAUAAUGUAGGAAUGGGCGUUUCUGGCUCAAGUUCGGCGCCUAAAAUAAGUUUAGUAAGCAAUAGAAAUUGUUGA